CAUAAAAAGUUUACAAGCUCAUUUUAUUUACCAAUCUAAGAAACAAUUUAGAUACAAAAAUGUUACAUAAAUUCAUGAAUGCUAUCACAUGCUUUGUUAUGUACAUAUUUUUCUCAAACAUUUUACCAUAUGUACAUAGCUAUGUCCCCUCAGAAAAUAUAGUUCUCAAUUGUGGUUCUAACACAUCUGAACUUGUUCAAUAUGAUGGUAGAAUCUGGAAUGGUGAUAUUGAUUCACCAUAUGUACCAUCCUAUGAAGACAUCAUCAAUAAGUCCUUAACAGCAAAAGCACUUUCUUCAAAUCUUGAAUCCAUUCCUGAAGUUCCUUAUAUGACAGCUAGAAUCUUUCAAUCUCAAUUUACAUAUAGAUUUAAUGUAACUUCCGGUCCGAAAUUCAUUCGCCUUCAUUUCUACCCUUUUUCUUAUUUGGACUUCAACAUCUCAAAAGCUUUCUUAUCUGUCACUGCCGGUAACUUCACUCUUCUGCAUAACUUUAGUGUUUCUCUAAAUGUAGAUUACUUUAACUUAGCAUAUUUAAUGAAAGAAUUCAUUGUGCAUGUAAAAGGAAAUAGUUUGGAACUUACUUUCACUCCAUCAUCAAAUGAUUCUGAUGCAUAUGCAUUUGUGAAUGGUAUUGAAGUUGUUUCAAUACCAAAUGGUUUAUACAUUGGUGGUGAUGAUUCCCCUAUUCCUUUCGCUGGCCACGAUACAAUUGUUUACAUUUAUAAUGAUUCAGCUAUGGAAACUUUGUAUAGAUUGAAUGUAGGAGGGGAACAAAUUCUACCGAAAUAUGAUACUGGUAUGUUUCGCAAUUGGGAUAUCGAUGAUGGUUACAUCUUUGGGGGAUAUGAUUUUAAACACUUCAAUAAGAGCAUGAAAGUUUUGUAUACUGAUCAUGUUCCGGAGUAUACUGCUCCUGAUGAUGUCUACCGCACGUCGCGUUCCAUGGCUCCGUAUUGGGCUGGAUUUGUCAAUUUAAAUUACAAUCUAACAUGGUUUUUCGAAGUUGAUUCUGGCUUCCUGUAUCUAAUUAGGCUUCAUUUCUGCGAAGUUACUUAUGCAAUAACUAGAGUGAAUGAGGUGGUUUUUUCGGUUUUUUUGAAUAAUCAGACAGCUGAAGAACUUGAUCCAUUUGCUAUAGGUGGAGGACCUGGAGUUGUUAUUUACAGAGACUAUGUUGUGUUGGUUCCUAACGAUAGUGAUUCAAAGCAAGAUCUUUGGUUAGACCUUCACCCUUGUGAGUAUUCAAAACCUCAUUUUUACGAUACUUACUUGAAUGGUGUUGAGAUCUUUAAGCUUAGCAGUGUUGAUAAGAAGAAUCUUGCCGGCCUUAACCCUUCCGAAAAGAAGAUUGGAUCAUCUGCAACGGCUACAGCGCAUGUUGUUGAAAAGGUUAAAAGUUCAAAGAAACUAAAAUUCAUCCUCAUUGGAUGUGGACUUGGUGUCGUGGCAAUACCGAUUCUUUUGUGCUUAGUUUUAUUAAAGUUUAAGGUGAUUAAGCCUAGAAAGAUCAUGUCAUGUUGUGUCCUUUCCCCUAAUCAAACUGAAAAGGAGAAAAAGUCAUCAUCGUUUUGCUGUCAAUUUUCAUUGAAAGAGAUAAAAGUAGCAACAAAUGACUUCAAUGAGGCUUUGCUGAUAGGAACAGGUGGAUUUGGAACUGUUUACAAAGGUAGCUUUGAUGAUGGUGCAUCUUUUGUAGCUAUAAAACGCGCCGAUCUUAUGUCUGAACAAGGUGUUAUAGAAUUUGAGACAGAGAUUCAUUUGCUCUCGCGUGUACGGCAUAACAACCUCGUCUCACUUUUGGGCUACUGCAAUGAAGAUGAUGAGAUGAUACUUGUUUAUGACUUCAUGUCGAAUGGAAGUCUUUAUGACCAUCUUCAUUCGAAGCAAAAAGAUCAACACCAGCCUCAUUUGUCAUGGAUUCAAAGACUUGAAAUUUGCAUCGGAGUUGCAAGAGGUUUGCAUUACUUACACACCGGCACAAAGCAUAGAAUCAUUCACCGCGAUAUCAAGACAACAAACAUACUCUUAGACCAUAAUUGGAUUGCUAAAAUUUCAGAUUUCGGUUUAUCAAAGGAAAGUUACACUUCCUUAGGCACAACUGUCGUCAAAGGUAGCACCGGUUACCUUGAUCCGGAAUACUAUCAACGAUGCAUGUUGACUGAGAAAUCUGAUUUAUACUCACUUGGUGUGGUUUUGUUGGAAGUGCUAAGUGCAAGACAAGCUCUAAGUCCAUGCGAUGAUGAUGAUGAUGAUGAGCAUUUAAACUUGGCUGAAUGGGCUAAGUUUUGCUUUGAGAAUGGAAAUGUGGAAGAAAUCGUGGAUCCAAAUUUGGAAGGAAACAUAGUUAAGGAGUGCCUUGAGUUAUAUUUAGGUAUUGCUAUGAAAUGUUUGGCUGAAAGAGGAGUGGAGAGGCCAUCCACUGGUGAUGUUCUGCAGAACCUUUUUAUGGCAUUGCAAAUUCAGAAAAAUGGUGUUAAUGUACAAAAUGAUUUACAGGACUAUUCUGACUUGACACCUGGCAUAGAGUUCUCUGAUAUUAUGAUGCCUGUUGGCAGGUGAAUGUGAUUUUCUGAUUUGUUCACUCACUGCUUAGCUAAUGACUUAAUUAGGGCUUGAAGCUUCCUUAAUAAGUAGAUAUUAACAAGUAUUUUAUAAUGUUGAAGUUUGUGUAGCAAGGAUUCUUCAAUGGGGAAAUUGAUUUAUGAUGGUAAUGAUGAAUUUGAUAUAGGCCUUUUGAAUUUUA